ACUCAAAGCACAACCAGAGGCAGCACAGCAGGGCUGGCGAAAUGUAAAUUUUUUAACAAACUUUUUUUUCUACAAUAAUGCAAAUUCUAUAAAUUAAUUCUUUGUUAAUUAUAUUCGUGCGUGAUGCGGCUGUGUGCGUUCCUGUUAUUGUCGCUGGCUCUGGGCGCCGCGGCCUGGGAUGAUGGCGAUUUGGAAGUGUUUGACGUGGUCGAAGAAGUGAAUCAGAAUUUCUACGAGUUGCUCGGAGUUACACAGGAAGCUACACCGUCAGAAAUCAAGUCAGCGUUCAAAAAGUUGACACUCAAACUACACCCAGACAAGAAUGAUGCUCCGGACGCAGAUGUCCAGUUCAGGAACCUGGUGUCCGUACACAACAUACUCAAGGACCCUGGAAAGAGAGAAAAGUAUAACGAGGUGCUCAAGAAUGGUCUGCCUAACUGGCGUUCAGCAAUAUACUAUUACCGUCACGUCCGUAAGAUGGGUCUGGCCGAGGGCUCAUUUAUCUUAUUUGUCAUCAUAACCUUUGGGCAGUACGCUGUUGGAUGGGCAGCUUAUGCUGAGAAAAGAUUCACAGCGGAGCAAAUCUUAAACAGCAGAGGCAAGAGGCACUCAAAGAAGUCCGGUUUCGACACUGGACUGGCCGAGAUCCUGGAACAACUGCCCAAACCCAGCAUCAAGGACACCCUGCCCUUCCAGAUACCGAGGCUGAUAUGGUGGAGCAUAUUGGGUAUACCACGAGGAAUCAUGGAACUUAGGAGGCAGAUGAAGGAACAGGAGGAGGAAGCUAAGAGGCAGAAAAAGAGGGAAGUAGAAGAAAAAGCGCGUGCGGAACGCGAAGCGGCCGCCAUGGAGGAGGCCAAAGCUAAGGGCGCGCGCAAACGGCGCGGCUUCGUGCCCGCAGAACGGGAAUGUCUUUUAGACCCCGUGUCGGCUGAAGAUGAUACCCCUGUGCCGGUACCCGUCAAACCGGCGCCAGUGAUAACCGGCGGUCUCUGGACAGACGACGACCUAGCCGAGCUAAUCCGUCUAGUGAAGAAGCACCCCGGAGGUUCCGCUGAGCGCUGGGAGCGCAUCGCGGACGCCAUGUGCCGCUCCGUGUCCGAGGUCACGCACAUGGCGGCCAAGCUCAAGGACAACUGCUACAAGAUACCGGGCCAAGAGCCGGAGCCGCCGCCGGUCGAAGUGCCCAAGAAGGUGAAGACACGUAAAGCGGAAGAAGUGUGCAGUGGCAACUGGUCGCAGCAGCAGCAGAAGGCGCUGGAGGCGGCGCUGGCCAGGCAUCCUAAAGGCGGCGCCGGCGACCGCUGGCAGAAGAUCGCGGCCGCCGUGCCCGACAAGACCAAGGAGGAAUGUAUGCAGAGGUGUAAAUAUCUAUCAGAAACGCUAAGAAAGCAGAAACAGAAAGAAGAAGAAGAUAGACUAAGAGAGGAGAACGGAGAACAGAGCGACACAGACGGGCAGAACGAGGAGUCGUAACGAAUUAGCUUUUGGAAAUUGAUCUCUUUACCAUUGACUUAAGUGUCAUUAUGAAGCGGCAGGAUUUUACUCCAAUUAUAGGAUAGAAAUAAUAGUUUGUUGAAUUGUUAAUUGCCAAUGUAAGCAUCUGUUAUUUUAGGUACUUACAAGAAUGUUAUACAUAAAACAAAACCACGUAACUUAUUUGAAUAAUGAGCCAUCUGCACACAACAUUUUCUAAACGUAUUGCAUCUUGUAAUAUUAUUAAUCUAAUAUUAUUUUAUUGCUUAUUCAAUAUAAGUUAUUACGUAGAGUAACUGAUACUAGAGCGUUACUGUCAUAGUAAAUUUUGUAACCCCAGUAAAUUCACUGCCAUCUGUCGACACACUUUAAAACUAAAAAUGAAAAUUUAUAAAAAUACGAUAGAAUGUAUUUAAAUAUAGAUAAAUGAUUUUUUUUAUUUGCAUUAAUUAUUUUUAUGAUUUUGACCCAUGUUCUUUCACUGAUAUGCGUUAAAAUUGUUAAAUAACAAACGAAACCGUCAACGCCAUCUAUACGACUGUAGGCCAAAACUAGUAGCGCCCUCUGAACGAGAAUCAAAUUUUCUUGAUUUUCGAGGUACGUUUUUUCCUUAGACUGUAUCCAUCUAUUACGGAGUUAUAUCUAUCUUUGGUUAUUAUAAAGUUAGUAAAUCAUAAAGACAUUUUUGUGUCAAUGACAUUUCUCCUGUCAAUUACCUAGUCAUACGGUUUUGUUAGUUUGUCAUAUUAUUGAAUAGGUACCUAAAAUAACAAACCAUGGUAAAAGUUAGGCCAAGAUAAGUCUGCACCGCUUUUGAUAUUUAUAAGUCAUAAUUUCAUAGAAGUUUGACGUUUAACAUAACACUUGCACUGCGUGUGCUAUCAAAAUCGUUGCAGACUUAUCUUGGUCUAACUCUAUCGUCUUUAUCGCACUUAAAAAAGGACGAUUACUUUACGUCAGCCCUGUAGGCCGAGCACAUGAUUGACGCGACAGUAUCUCGCCGCGAGAUAGACUACCCGUCUUUUACUAACUGUAUGAAUUAAAGAGGGACGGAUAGUCUAUGUCGCGGCGAGAUACUCUCGCGCCAAUCAUGUGCUAGCCCAGCCGAUCUUGUAAAUAAUACUGUAUCGAAGUCUGUAUACUUUUAAUUUUUUUACAGUUUGACAUAUAUCAAUUAAUUUGACUAUGAACUUUAGUUGUUUGUUAUUUUACUAAUGCCGACAAAAACCGGCUGCCUCCUACUUAUUUAAAAUACGUACGGACGACCACGUAAACUAAAUCUUGUUUUAAUAUUCCAGCAUUGCUGAUUUUCUCUAAGUUUCCUUGUUAAAUUGUUAAACUUGCGGCUUUGUGUUAGUCAUUAGUUAGUGAUAGUAUCUCGCCGCGAGAUAGACUACCCGUCUUUUACUAACUGUAUGAAUUAAAUGGGGACGGGUGAUCUAUGUCGCGGCGAGAUACUCUCGCGCCAAGCGUGUGCUAGCCCGGCAGUACCUCUAGUGUAAAUUUCAUUCGAUAGCGUUACGUGACGUAAGUACGCGUUUGCGUUGUAUGGGAUUUUGAGUUUCCAAAACGCCCCGCUUGGCGCGCUGUUCAAAAUCCCAUACAAAAAUAGACAUAACGCAAACGCGAACGCUCGUCAGGGGUUCUGCACGAGAGGAAAGCAACCAUGUGCCAGAGUGAGAAAGUUAUAUAAACUGCCUCCCGCUCUUGAAGAUCUAUGAGAACAUUUCUUUAGGAAGUAAAUGUGACAAGUCCCGAGACAGGAUAUAAGAUAAUUUUUAUCUCAAAUAUCAUACUUGUAAUCAUAGUUUGCGCAAUCCCAGGGCAUUGCGCAAACUCAUUAGUAUGUAGCACCGAAUGAAGGUAUUUAACACGAUUUCUAGCUUGCUGGGGAUUAAUUCUUGGAAAAAAAUCUAAUUUUUGUUUCUUUGCUACAAUAUUCUUAUUAUGUCAUAUCAAGUGUGUAAAUUUUUCUAUAAUAAAAUAUUCAUCAUACGAGUAUUUAGGUCAUGGCCUAUAUUUUACUUUAGAUUAUAAUUAUAGUUUGCCUACCUACUGACAUUUUCAACCAAAAGGUACCACAUUGUCGCUUGUCAAUAAGGUUGAUUUCAAAUUGAAGCUGUAUGGAAAUAGCGCCUUAUUGACAACCGACAAUAAGUACCCAUUUGAUCAAAAAUGGCAGGUUUGAGACUUCAGCCAAAUAAAUAAAUCUAAAACGUUCUUCCUGUUAAUGUUAUUGAAACCAAUUAAUAUAAAAUUAAAUGUUUUAUUUACAAAAAUACAUGUGAUCAAUAUCUGUCACUUAAAUAUAAAUUGUUAUUAAA